AUGGAGAUUGUUCGCGCAAUGCUGGAGUGCAUGGCCCGCCGACGGGGAAAGCAGCAAGGGUACACGGAGCUCGUCUAUGAUGACAAGAUGGCGGAGCUGUACUCGGACAACGAGCCGUACCACCAGCACGACGCUAUGAGCUACUACGGCGGCGAUGCCACUCCGGACCCCAUCACCGACUACGAGUACGACGAGAAGGCCGGCUACCAGGUCCAAGACACGCGCGGCGUCGAGGACGUGGCGCGCGAGGUGGCGGAGCUGCUGUGGCGGGCCGAGUGGAACGACGACGCCCUCCAGACCGAUAUCUCCGACGUUGUGGGCGACCGGCGUUGGAACCGCAAGAUGGUCGAAGCCUGCCUCGACGACGUCAUCGAGUACGUCGAGCAGGGCCGCUUCGAGAUGGGCAAUGCCAUGUGCGCGGCGCUGGACCGGGCCACCGACAUCGCCGACGAGGAGUUCGCCUUCCCUCGGCGCCACCCACAGUCGCUUGACGGUUUCAUCGCUAUCGUCUCGGUCGGCAUCCUCGCCGAGCUGCAAGGGGCGUGGGUGCUCGAGCUGCUCGGGUUCGGCGAGGUGCGGGGGAAGGAGGAGCCCAACGACACGGGGGAGGUCGCCAUGCUCACGUCGGAUAAGAUCGUCUUUUCACCUAGGCCCCGGUCCAACUCGUUUGCCGCUUGGUGGAUGAGAGAGCCCAAGGCCAUCAACAGCAACCGCUUUUCUUCGGCUCGAUUCAUGGUUCUUUGGGAGUUGGAGCGGAUUGCCUUGAUGUUCGACCGUCAUCAUCCACCCGAUGCCAAGCGGUGUGCUGGCGGGGACUGGCAACUCGAUCCCGAUCCCCCGAUGCUUCAGCCGUUCAGCACGUCCAACCCCUGA